AUGUCUCCGAAGAAUAUAACAAGGUCGGUGAUCCCGGCUAUAGAUUUGUAUUGCCGCAAAGCAAAUUUUAAAACUCUAAAAUCAUUGUCGAUGAUCCUAGGUAGUAAAAAAGAAUGGUAUGACACUAAAAAGGCGCCAUUGAGAACCUUUUUGGUCUCUCGAUGUGGCAUUUUCGAGCAGUUGAGGGGUCGUCUCGUUGAAGAUGGCAAAGUCAACUUGUUUAGUGUUUUCCUGACAAACGACUCAUUUUCUUUUUGCAAGAUGACCGUUGAUGAUAAGUUCAACACUAGCUUGGUCGAUUGGCAAAAAAUACCCUUUGACAGUACAUUUGCAACUGACAGAAGACAGAAUAUCAGUUUACUACCUGUUGAUACACUGUUUGCAACUGAAAAGAUCAUAUCGAUUCUUGGUGUAUCUCCUAAUAUGACGAAUCUUGUUUCUAUAGAAAGAGAGCGAUCAGACCUGGUGGAUUUUAAUUGUAAACUGCAAUCAAACAUCCUAGAACACCUACUAUACGCGAAAUGCCAAGGAGUGUACGUAACUUCUACCAAUGAAAAAGCUCGUUUGCUUGCAGCUGUCUGCAAUCCUGAAUUCAUUGACACCUUCUGGUGCGAAUUGACUCCCAUAAGAGUCUCAUUAAAGGAAAACCCUUCCAUUUCUGUACCUCGAGAAUAUCAGAUGUACGAUCCGGUGGUACGUGCCACUAUAAAGGAGGUUGUCACCAAGCGAUUACUGCGAUCCGCCUUCGAUAAUGACAUCGACCCGCUAAUGUGUCUUCAUUUGGAUAAAGGCUGGAAACUUAAAUUCCCCAUACUAUCCUCGACAACGGGCCUAAACUUCUCCCUGAAGGAUUGUCUUUCCCUGGACACAGGAAAAGAUGCAUCUGAUAUGACAGAGGUGUUUCUCGCUACUAUGGAGUCGAGUAAAGUUCUUCGUACGUAUAGCAACCUCGUUGACAUUGUGAUGAAGGACAAUGGUAGGUUGGACUCAGGCGUCCUAAAGCAAUUCAACGACUACGUUAAGCAAGAAAAGCUCAAUCUACAACAUUUUCAGGCCGGUUCCUCAAAGUUUCUCAAAGGCGCAAAGAUAUAA